AUGCCCUACAACCCUACGCAGAUCCUGCUCCGAUGCGACGGCGCGCUCGACGGCUCCACCAGCGGCGACGAGACGGCCUACAUCCUCGACGGGUCGCGUCUGCUCUCCCUCGACUACGGCGGCGACGUCGGCUCCGACUCCGUCAAGAACGUGACCGACAGCUUGCCCUUCCUGGACGGGGACGGCUCCGCCUCGACGCGCACGUACGCUGCCACCCGCGCCGCCGACGGGACCGUCCUCGUCUUUGCCGGGAGCUGCGCCGAGGACGGCGGGGAGGUCUGGACGUACACGCACGAGCGUGGGUGGAAGGGCGCGGGCAUCGACGUCGCCGGCAAGGACUCGCCGUCGCGCGGUCCCUACUUCCUCGGCGGCACCGUCGCCUUCUCGUCCACCCUCGGACCCGCAAUGGACCGGCCGUCCGUGUACACCUACGGCGGCAUGUGUCCCGUCCGGACCCACGGCGACGUCGAGGCCUGGCAGUCCAACGCCAACUACACGCAGUCCAUGAUCGCGCUCCGGCCCCGCUCCGACGACGAGACGGAGGAGGGGAGCGAGACCGACGCGGACGGCACCUAUUCGCUGGGCGUCGCGUCGACAUCCGGCCCGCGGACGCCCAUGGCCGGAUUCAGCAUGACGGCCCUGACACCCGCCCAGACGAACCAGUCCGGCACCGUCACCCAGCAGGCCAGCUACGUCCUCCUGGGCGGGCACACGGAGAAGGCAUUCAUAGAUAUGAACACGGCGGCCGUGUGGAAUCUUCCCGAGGAGUCAUGGUCGUUUGUCGACGUGCAGGGUCCGGACCCGACCGACGACGACGUCGGCGUCACCGAGCUCAUGGCCGCCAAGGCAGGCAGCGACGCGAGGAGGAGGAGGAAGCGCACCGGCGCCGCCGUGGACAGCCGGUCGGGACACACGGCCGUGCUGACAGAGGACGGCCGCUCCGUCAUCGUCCUCGGCGGCUGGGUAGGCGACCUGAACACCCCCGCCGAGCCCCAGCUGGCCGUUCUGUACAUGACCGAGACGUACGACGGGUGGCGGUGGAGGAUCCCCGAGAAGCAGCCCGACGACUCGGCCGCCAUCUACGGGCACGGCGCCGCCAUGCUCCCCGGCAACGUCAUGAUGGUGUACGGCGGGAGGGAGAUGUACAGCGGCUCGUCCGCCCGGCCGGCCAAGGUGAGGCGCGACGCCGUCGUAGGCUCGCCCAGGUUCCUCAACCUGACGGACAUGUCGUGGGCAACGUCGUACAGGAACCCCGGCUCCACCGCCGACAAGGACAGCGACCCGUCUGCACCCGGGACGGCCAGUGCCGGCUCGACCCCGCGGCGGCUGGGUCUCGGGCUCGGCCUGGGCCUGGGCAUCGGUCUCCUCGCCCUGGCCGGCCUGCUCAUCUUCUUCUUCUGGCGCCGCCGGCAGCGCAAGAAGCGCCAGUCGCGCGACGCCGCCGUGGCCAUACUCGCUCAGGACGCCAAGCACUUCAUCAACGACGACGGCGAGAUGGCCGAGGGGGACGACUUCUUCUCCGCCUGGGGUCGGGGCAUGUGGGCCGCGAGCUCUAGCGAGGAUCCGCACCGGGGUACGCGCCGGUCCCUGGGAUACGAGAGCAUCCGCGGGGGAGGCAGCGACGCCAACACCAGCAGCAACGGCGACGGCACGGCGAGGAAACCCGUCGCCAGGGGCGCCACGGCGGGAUACGUCCCCACGCCGCCGCCGCCGAUGCCGCCGCCGCCGGUACCCCCCCAUAGCCACAGCCACAACCACAGCCACAGCCACAGCCACAGCCACAGCCACUCGUCCAGCUUCAACUCGACGCCGGGGUACAUCCACCCCAUCAUGGAGGAUGACGAAGAGGACCGGCACGACGACGCCCAGAGCUCGCCACGCACGCCGGCGUCGGAGGCGGCCUCGGACCCCUUCAUCACGCCGACGGCCAGUCUCACGGCCGAGGCGAGGAGGUACGACGCCGACGUGCAGGACUGGGUGACGGACGUCGACGCGGACGCGCUGAUGGCGAGGAUGGGCGCCGGGCGCGCCGGGCGCGUCUCGCCCACGAGACGGGACAGUGCCGGACCGGCUCUCCGCGACGACGACUCCAGGACAGGGUCCGGCCUGUCGGAAGGGUCGUCCUUCAUCCGCGUGGGCGACGUGCGUCACACGCCCACGAGUCGCAGGGCCAACCUGUCGACGAUCCUGAGCGGAGGGUCGACGAUCCUGGGAGGAUCCACGCUGCUCGCGUCGUCGGACAAGCCCGGCAGCUCCGGAGCGAGCAGCUACAACACUGCCAAGAGCAGCUUCGGCGCCCUCCAGCAGGAAGCGCCCGGUCUGCUCAUGCGCAGCGCCAGCGUCAGGAAUAACGACGAUGACGACGGCGACAGCAACCACAACCACAACGCCAACGCCAGCGCCAACGCCACCGGAACCAGCUACCAGUAUGCGCAGCAGGAAGACGCCGAGGACCCGCAACCGCCGGGCUCGCCGUCCAAGUCGAAGCCGAGGAGAGGGUGGCUAGGAUCCCUGCGACGCGUCUUCUCGACGUCCGGGACGCACGAUCCGAUACAAGACGCGGCGGACGACGGCACAUCGCCGUACUUCUGGGAGAACCAGCAGUACGGGGCGAGCGAGGACGUGGAGCCGCCGUCGCUGGCGGGCAGGCUCAACAGCGAGCUGCUGCGGCGCAAGCAGGGCCGGUACGACUGGGAGGGUGGGACGGCUCCGACCAGCUACAGACGUCCCGGGACGGCGGGGAGCGGCAGGGUGAAGGGGAACGAUGAUGGUAACGAGCAGGGGGAAUGGGACAUUGAGCGUGCCGUCGAGCAGAGGAUGGUGCAGGUCAUGUUUACCGUUCCCAAGGAGAGGCUGCGCGUCGUCAACGCCGAUGAGGUCUAUUCAGACGACGACGACGACGACGAUGACAGUUUCCUAGGAGAGAAGGCUCUGUCUCUGAGAAGGAAAAGGACAAGAUCUGAUGAGAUUCAAAAGCAGAUGCAGAUGCAGCAGCAGCAGCAGCAGCAGCAGCAGCAGCAGCGGUGGCGGCAGGAGCGAGGAGAGGAAGGAGAAGAAGAAGAAGAAGAAGAAGAAGAAGCGGCAACGGUCAUGGAGAUAGCCACGAGUCGACAACCAAGGACGCCAAAAGUUUUCGUUUCCAAUGAAGAAGAGGAAGAGGGGGAAGGGGAGGAGGCUGACCUGGCCACGACAGCUGCCACGACAACAACAGCCGACACCGCAGACACCACAGACACCGAAGACGCCGCUGACGCCGCUGACGCCGGCACACAAGAGGUUGGCAGACAGCCUGUUCCUGGACGUCGACCCACUCACCGGGGAGAGGAGGAUAUCCAUGUCUACCAUGUCGGAAUCCAGCGCUGUCAUGGAGACGGCGCAGACGAUGACGGUCAGGAAACCGGAGCAGAGGCCGACGAGGGUCCUCAGGAUGGUGGCGAGUAUCGAGAGUUCGGCUUCGGCUUCGAGCCAGGGGGGUAG